AUGUCUCCACUUUGUCUGAGGAGCAUAUACCCUACAGAUCUUUCCUCUGUCUUUGUGUGUAAUUUGGCUCUUGUUACUUUAUCUGUUCAAAUCAUACAGUUUAUGCAAAUUUCUGAUAACUACUCUUUUGCUUCUUAUAAGCAGCCAUCGUGCCAGGAAGAUGAGAAGUGGGCGUUGUGGCAGUUCAAGGAGAGCUUUGUCGUUGACAAAUUUACUUCUUCUUAUGAAGGUGCUUAUCCCAAGGUCUUGCAGUGGAAUAAAAAUGCCAGCAAUUGCUGCUUGUGGGAUGGAAUCCGAUGUGACAAAGAAACUGGACAUGUGAUUGGGCUUGAUGUUAGCAGUCGUUGUCACUUUGGUUCUAUCAACUCCAACAGCACUCUUUUUAACCUCCUCCAUCUUAAGAGGUUGAACCUUGCUGACAAUGAUUUCAAUUACUCUCAGAUUCCUUCUGCUAUCAGACAGUUUCCAGGACCUAUUCCAUCUUCGCUGGGUAAGCUCACCGAACUAACCAAACUAGAUCUUAGAGAAAAUAGUUUAGGUGGUUACGUUCCGUCUUCUCUUCAAAACCUUACCCGUCUUAAACAUUUGGGAGUUGAUGACAUUCAGAAAAGUGAUCCAAUUCUAUCUUGGAUUGGAAAUCUUACCCAGCUAGUUAUCCUUUUCCUACAUCAAAAUGAAUUUUAUGGCACAACUCCUCAAUCAUUAUCCAAACUCAUGAAUCUUAAAUUUCUUUCAUUAGUUGUUGAUAAUUUAGGACAUGGGAUGGUCAAAUUUGAUGUAUUUUCUAAAAUGAGAAGUCUAAGUAUGCUUGACUUAAAAAAUAUUGACACGUCGUUUCAAUUUGAGAAAGGAAACAUGAAUGCAUCAUUUCCAAAGUUCAAGGUUCUACUCAUGUCUUCUUGCAACUUAAUUGAGUUCCCAGAUUUCCUUAGGAAUCAAAGUAAACUAGAGUCAUUGUCACUAGCGGGAAACAUGCUACGAGGGCCACUUCCAAUUCCUCCACCAUUGAUCAAAGAAUUCGAUGUCUCAAAAAACAUGCUAAGUGGAGAAAUUCUGCCACAUUAUUGCAGUCUGACUUCUCUUGAUUACCUUGAUUUGUCUGGGAACAACUUGAGCGGAAAUUUGGCAUUGCUUGAUCUCAGUGAUAAUAAGCUGCAAGGACAGUUACCGCGCUCAUUAUCCAAUUGUAAGAAAUUUGAAGGUCUUGUUGUCUCAAAGAAUCAAUUGAUUGAUGUUUUUCCAUCUUGGUUGGGGGCCCUUCCAUAUUUAAGAGUUAUGGUAUUGAGCCAUAAUGGGUUCUACGGUGCAAUUGGGAAAGUUGAAAAGGAUUUGGAGUUUACGAAGUUGCAAGUGAUGGAUCUAUCUUUCAACAAUUUCGUAGGUGAACUGCCAUCUGAAUACAUCUCUAGUUUGAAUUCCAUGAAAGAUACUGACGUGGCUAGUAAAAUUCGUUCAUACAUGAAUUUCAUAACGAGUUAUAAUGUGACUAAAGAUCGUGGAGUCUACAUCCUUAUUUGGUAUUGGGUCGAAGUAACCUUGAAAGGGAGAGAAACACAUACAACCAUCCAAAAUAACUUUGCUUUCAUCGAUCUCUCAAGCAACAAAUUUGAAGGAGAAAUUCCUGAAUUAGUUGGGAACCUAACUGCACUUUGUUCACUCAACCUUUCCAACAACAUGCUCACAGGUCCCAUCACAACAUCUUUGGGAAACUUAAAAGAGCUUGAAUCCUUAGACCUUUCUAAUAACAAUCUCUCAGGGAAGAUUCCUCAACAGAUGAACCAGCUUGCAUUCCUUGCAUACCUCAAUGUCUCUCACAACAAUCUCAUCGGGCCUAUUCCUCAAGGAACCCAGUUUAAUACCUUUGAAAGCAGUUUAUUUGAAGGGAAUCUCGGAUUGUGUGGCAAGCCUUUACUUAACCAAUGUGAAAAUUUGCAAGCCUAG